ACUUUGUUCUUUUCAAAGACCCCGGGAUCCUCGCGAGAAUUCCCGGCUGUCCAGCCUGGUCUCUCGAGUCCCCUGCUCAUUGACUGAGCCCGGUUGACUACGAUCCGUCCAGCGAGCGACGCUGAACCUCCUCCUCCUCUUCCUCCGUCGACUGUUGGUGUGGGCUUUCUUUCUCCAGCAUCCGUUGUUCGUGCAACCAGCUGGCUCCCUUUGUUCACCAUGUCUACUCCUUCUACAGCUACCGCGACACAUCCUUCGCAUCACCAACAACACUACGUAUAUCCUCACCACCAGCCCUACCAACCCAACACAUCCUAUCCGACCGCGUCCGCUACCACCGCCGCUCGCCUAGCCACCUCUACAUACCCUUACUCUGUUAGCUCAUCAACGACUACUCUCCCCUUCACUCAAUCCCCGAAAACUGGUCCUGCUGCUUCCACGCCGACAACCACCUCCGCAAUGCCUUUAGCCCAGACACCCGUCAGUACGGGGCCUUCUACACAGAAGGGACGGCGGAAAAAUCCGGAUUGGGGCGAGUUCUACAAAAAUGGUAUCCCUAAGGAGGUCAUUGUCAUCGAUGACACACCUCCUCCCGAGCAGUCAACGGCCGCCUCGCGCAACUUGGCGGCCACAGCCACUGUCGCGACUCCUAACGGGAGUGUGGCCCAACCCGCUGGCAAGAGGCGGCGGACCGGUAUCGAAACCGCCUACGAUCUAGGAUACUAUGAUCGUCCGUCUUAUUCAAUCAAUCCGCAGCAGUUUGGGGAAGGGUCAUCUGAUGGUUCACUUUCCACGGACCGGACCACGUCUUUGCAUACUACUGCGCCCACCUCCCUCUCGCAGGGUAGCUCAGGCGCGAGCAAUGGUAUAUACUAUGAGGAUGCCAACGUCGGCCAAAAGAGGAAGCGAGUUGCGACUCGAAAGUCUGUUCGAGAUGAACAGAAACGACGAGAACAAGAAACAGCGGGCGAUGCCUUUUUGAAUUACAUACCACCUCCGAAUCCUCCCAUCAAGGCAAAGGAUGUGCCAGUUCCUGUGAUUCGUUCUGUCUCGAACAGGGGUGAAAAAUUCGAUGACGAUGACGGUCACUAUAUUGUCACGCCAAACACGCCGUUGACAGACCGAUACUCGAUAAUCAAACUUCUCGGACAAGGAACGUUUGGCAAGGUGGUCGAAGCGUAUGACAAACAGCGCAAGACCCGUUGUGCGGUGAAAAUCAUCCGUUCUAUCCAAAAAUACCGCGACGCGUCACGGAUUGAGCUUCGGGUUCUUUCGACCCUAGCAUCGAAUGACAAGCAUAACCGGAACAAAUGCAUCCAUCUGAGAGACUGCUUUGAUUUUCGGAAUCACAUAUGUAUUGUCACAGAUCUGCUGGGUCAAAGUGUGUUCGAUUUCCUCAAAGGCAAUGGAUUUGUCCCCUUCCCCAGCAGUCAGAUCCAGAACUUUGCCCGACAGCUGUUUACCAGCGUAGCCUUCCUCCAUGACCUUAAUCUCAUCCAUACAGACCUGAAACCGGAAAAUAUUCUCCUGGUCAAAAAUGCCUACCAAACUUUCACCUACAACCGCACUAUUCCAUCCUCCUCCCACGCAAUCUCGCGAAACGCCCGUCAACGACGGGUCCUGCUCGACAGCGAAAUUCGCUUGAUUGACUUUGGGUCUGCCACCUUUGACGAUGAGUACCAUUCCUCGGUCGUUUCCACGCGGCAUUACAGAGCCCCCGAGAUCAUUCUCAACCUAGGAUGGAGUUUCCCCUGUGAUAUUUGGAGCAUUGGCUGUAUCCUCGUUGAAUUCUUCACGGGAGAUGCCCUCUUCCAAACUCAUGACAACCUGGAGCACCUUGCAAUGAUGGAAGCUGUCAUCGGGGACCGAAUCGAUGCGAAGCUUGUCCGGCAAGUGAUGCAAGGUGGUAGAAACGGUAACCAGAACCAGGCGUCCAAAUAUUUUGUCCGAAACAAGCUUGAUUACCCGAAUGAAGAAACCACCCGAGCCUCUCGGAAGUACGUAAGGGCAAUGAAGCAGCUCACGGAGUUUAUGCCGACUAAUACCAAGUUCUAUCGCCUUUUCCUUGAUCUCUUGCAGCGGAUCUUCGUAUACGACCCUAAGGCCCGUAUAACUGCUAAGGACGCUUUGAAACAUGCGUGGUUCAAAGAGUCCAUUAUGGACGACGGCACCGAAGCCCUGCGGAUCGGGGAACAGUUACAGCGCAAUCUUCAAGGCCGCUAACGUCUAAUUGCCUCCACUCAAUUGUUGAAAGCAUACUGUGGUGCUGAUUGAAAAGGAUAUUUUUUUUUUUUUCUUUCGUCUUUCUUUCUUGCAUUUGGAUAUAACACCGGUAGCACCACAGCUACCAGUCUCUUAUUGUGUAUG